AGAAAAAAAGUUAAAGAUUUUUCUGGGACUGGCGGUCUCAGAAAUUUGUUAUUACCAAAACCUACGAUUAUUAUUGAUUCUCAAAACGCAUGUGAUCUUGACCGGGAUCUCACUUUACAGGAGCUUUUUUAUUGGCCUGAGGGUCUUUAUCAAAAUGUUGACGGAUUGUGGGAUGCUUGUAAAAAAGCUGACUAUAAAUUUCUAUUUAACAAUAUAAAAAAAUGGCUUGAUGGCCAAGCAAUGUAUCAAAUUUUUCGUUUUCUACCAAAGAAUAUACCUUAUGCUAGUUACUCUAAAAUUACAAACCCGAAUUCUGUACACCAGUGUGAUUUAAUUGAAAUAUCAUAUGAUGAAGAUGUAGAUACAGGUUUGUUGGAUAAUGGCCCAAUAUUUUACUAUGUACUAUUGGUUAUAGACUGCGCGACUAGAUAUAAAGAUUUCAUUUUUUUAAUAUCAAAAAGUAGUGAAGAAGUUGUGGAAGCAUUUAAGAGUAUAUAUAAUAAUCCUGACAAUCCUCUUAACUGGGCUCAGCUAUUAAUUAAAGCACGUUUCAGACAUACAAGCUUGGCUAUGGUUGAUCAUUAUGCCGAAUUAUUCGAAUUAAGAGUUUUUAAAAAUGAAUAUGCGAUAGAGUUUCUCUUAUCUACUGGCGAACGCUGUAAAGAAUGUGAACAAUUUGCAAGAAGAAUUGUUAAUAACAUGAAUGAUACUCCUACUCAGUUAAUUGGAAUGAGUCCCAAUAACACCACAAAACUUGAGCAAGAAGAGCCUAUGUUGCCUUCUAGGUGGAUAUUGAGAGAUAACCGAAUUAUAACGCCCUCUUUUCCCAAUCAUGACAAAUUUGUACAUCUAGAUUUAUUUGCCCUUGCGGGUGAAAAAAAGGCACGAUUUGAUAAUGCUGAUUACCACUAUAUUCGAAGGCCAAGCCUAGCUCCUCAUUAUACCCAUCUAGAUGUAAUCCUUUUAAGAAUUUAG